AUUGUUCACACUAUUUCUACAUGUAGCACUUGGAAUCAAAUAUAUGGUACUGUGUUAGAACUUUCCAGUUCUUUUAAAAAGGAAUGGAGAACAACACAGGUUUUCCGAGCCAAACAGAACUUAGAUAUGAUGCAGUUGUAAUUGGGUCUGGAUAUGGAGGUUCAGUUGCAGCAUGUAGAAUGUCAAUGGCUGGGCUUAAAGUAUGUCUACUUGAGAAAGGCAGAAAAUGGGAAGCUCAUGAUUUCCCUUCUAACCCUCUCCAAAUGCUUUCAGCUGUAAGGAUGGAGAACAGGAACCUCCGACUCAGCUUAGGCCCCCAAAAUGCUCUUUAUCAGAUAUAUGUACAAGAUGAUUCUCUUGCAGCCAUGGCUUGCGGGCUUGGUGGAGGUUCGUUGGUGAAUGCCGGAGUAAUGAUGCCUACGCCACCCCGCGCGAGGAGGAAUCCAAAAUGGCCAUCAGAAUGGGAAAGGGAUUGGGAGGUCUGUGAAGCUUCUGCUUCAGAAAUGCUCAGGAUACAAAAUGUCCCCACCAAUUUUCAAAAUGCCAAAAUUAUGAACAAAGUGGCUUCAGAGGAUUUGGGAUUAAUGAGCCAAAAUCCUGUGAAGCUGAGUGUGAAUUUUGAGAUAGAUGAUGAUGACCAAUCAUUUGGAUCAAAGAAGUCUGAGCUGAGGUUUGAUAACUGUCAGGCCUGUGGAAAUUGUCUGUCCGGAUGUCCUUAUAAUGCUAAAAAUUCCGCGGAUAAAACUUAUUUGGUCUCAGCUGUUCAGGCAGGAUGUGAUAUCAGAACAGAAUGUGAAGUACAAUACAUUGUUAGAAAUCCUGAUGACACUUGUGACGCUGAAGAAGCAUUAAGCGGAAAAAAGAAAUCCCGGUGGCUUGUGUUUCUCAAUGAAUUUGAUUAUAUACAGUCAGAUUUUGUCACUCUCUCAGGUAUGAUUUAAUUUAAAGCAGAACAAGAAAAUGAAUUUUAGCAACAUUGUCAUGAUUUUGGAGUGAAGAAUCACAAAUGCCAAAUAUAAUCAUUUAUGUAUGGGUUGCAGCUGGAGUGUUUGGGACGACAAAGAUACUUUUCCAAUCUCAACUGAGAGGCUUGACACUUUCCCAGAAGCUAGGUUUUGGAUUGAGUUGCAAUGGUAACAACGUUGCUUAUGUUACUAGAAGUACAGCACCAUUGAAUGCCAAAGGAUUAGAGAGAAAAAUAUUAUCUGAUGUUCCUUUUCGAGAACGUCCAGGGCCAUCCAUUUCAUCAUCAUACAUUUCGUCACUAGGGUUCACAAUUCAGAGUGCAGUCAUUCCCAAGUCUUUUCCAGUGCUGCUUUUCAAAGGAAUUACAACCUAUGGAUGGCCCGUGGGCAACUGUUUCUUACCUGAAAUGCUGUACAAGUUUAAGCACCUCUUUAGUGAUAACAGCCAAGAUAUGGUUCUGAAUGCGAUGGGAUACGAUGAUUCUGAUGGAAAGCUUACUUUUCAAAAAGAAACCAAUGAGAUUUGUUUUCAGCCAGCCACUGACCCUUUAUUGCCACGAAAAAUUGGAACCUUUCAAAAGCUCACAAAGAAGUUAGGAGGAGUUCUUUUCAUGUCAAGGUACAGGAGCACAUCUGUGCAUUUACUUGGGGGAUGCUGUGCUUCAUCAGAUGCUUCAAAAGGGGUUUGCAACCAAAAUGGCCAGGUUUUUGACACAAGAAGUCCAACAUCAGUUCACCCUGGCCUGUAUGUCUCUGAUGCAUCCUUACUACCUUGUUCUGUUGGUGUAAACCCAUCUCUUACUAUCGCUACAGCUGCCGAGCAUGUUAGCAAAAAACUUGUGAGAGAUGCUCUUGAUUUCAGAAACAAAGAUGCAAACUUAACCAGUGGAAUGUUCUAUGAGAAGCUAGGCACAAUUCCUUCUGGGAAGCUACAGGGAGAAAAGGGAUCAGCAGUGUUUUUUAAUGAAACUCUGAAUGGGCAUAUUGCUGGUCUCCCAUGCCAUGCUUAUCUAAAAGUUAAAUUGGAUUCAGAAAGUUUUGACAGCAGGAAUGCGAAAAUGGCGAACUCUAGUUCAUUCCGAGUUGGAAAAGUGAGCGGAUACAUCACAUGUAAAGCUGUUGAAAUGGAUCGGUUACAUGUUAUAGAUGGAGAGGUUGAUCUAUGUCAAGUGGAUAGUAAGACUCCAUAUACUCAGUACAUGCACUAUCAUCUCCUCCUUGCAGCAUCUUCCGGUUCAAGGUACGCAGUUGUAGGGAAGAAAAUAAUGAAUCCUUUCUUCCCGGUACUUUAUGCCUGGAAAGAGUCGACAACGCUUCAUUUGGAAUUCAGAAAAGUCACAAACAAUGAAUCAAGGGAAGUCUUGCCUUGCCUAAAAGGGAAACUGCACAUUUCAUUGUUUGGACUCUUAGCUACUCUAAUUAGUCUCCGCGGAAGGCAAAAGCUGGAGUUUUUGUCUGUGCUACUACAAUCUCUAUUCAGGACCUACAUUUCACAGAUACCUAGAGGAUGUCAUGAGGUUUUCUCUGCUUCAGACUUGAACCACUUUUCGUAUCCCAUUGACACGCUGCAUGAAAUAGAAACAGAAGAUGGAAGUCGAAUCACUUGUCGACAGUGGAAGAGUAAUUUUGGAUCAGAGAGGGAUGAAGGAAGGAUAAAACCAUUUCCCGUUCUCCUCAUAAAUGGUUAUGCAUAUGAAAGUUACUGCUUGCCAACUGAAAAGAAAGAUUUGAUCAGAACUUUUCUGCAAGAGGGGCAUGAAACUUGGCUACUGCAAUCAAGAUUGCAUCCAUUAGCUUCUUCGAAAGAUGCAUCCGUAGAAGACAUUGGAAGAUUUGAUGUGCCUGCAGCAAUCAACAGAAUCAUUGAGCUUAAUGGGACAUCGACCAAGGUACAUGUCGUUGCGCAUUGUGUUGGAGGUCUAGCAAUGCACAUUGCACUGAUGGGAGGACAUGUCUCUUGCAAGAGAAUAGCCUCUAUUUCUUGCACCAAUUCCUCCAUGUUUUUCAAGUUGACAUUCUGGUCAAGAGUAAAAUUAUGGCUACCUCUCAUUCCAAUUUCAAUGGCAAUACUUGGCAAAGACAGAUCAGUUCCUCUGCUCCAAACAGAGAAGGCUAGCACCCGACAGAAACUCAUAAAGUCAAUAGCACGCGCGAUUCCUCGCUAUGAAAGGUGCACUUGUGAUGAAUGUGAGGUUAUAUCAGGAAUCUUUGGUAACGCAUUUUGGCAUCAAAAUGUAAGCCCGAAAUUGCACUAUUGGCUGAACAAGGAAACCCAGCCGCGGCUUCCUAUGUCAGCAUUUCUUCACCUCAGGAAAAUUUGUAGUGCGGGCUUUAUAGUAGAUACAAAUGGAAACAAUACGUACUUGAUUCAUCCAGAAAGAAUGGCACUUCCUACGCUGUAUUUGUCGGGUGGACGCACUCUUCUUGCGACUCCUCAAACUUCUUUCCUGGCCAACAAGUUCAUGAGGCUACAUCAGCCAGGAUUCAGGCAUGAAAGGGUUGUUGUAGACGGAUUUGGGCACUCGGAUCUCCUAAUAGGUGAAGACUCAUCCAACAAAGUUUUCCCCCACAUUUUAUCUCAUGUUGGAUUGGCAGAAAAAGAAAAUGGAACUUCAGUGAGCACCAUGAACAAGGAAUACAGUAAAGAUGCCUUGUCAUGGGCUGAGGACCCGUAUCAGGAUCCAGAGGGAGGAUUGUUGAAUGUAUUCUCCCUUUUGAGUAUCAUUUUCUGCAUUUUGUUAGCUGUUGUUUUGGUCUAUCUGCUGCCUUUCUGA